UUGAAAUGUUCAUCUCCGCACCAGCCUCCGCACUCUUUCCCCUAUUCAUGGGUAUUUCCGUCUUAAAGAAAACUCUAUUAGGCUAUGUCAUGGCACUUUGAGGCACUAUCUGAGGCAAAUCUCUGACAAGAAAUAGGUCCGCCCUCUUAUAGGUUCACCCUUUCAUUGGACCCUUGCGAGCCAGCGACUGGCCCGCCCUUGAGAAGAGACGCGUUGGCCCAGUUCCACAGAGACGCUGAAUCUGCAGCCACGUCAAUCACAUCUUCACCACUGGCUGCGGGGCGGUCAGGGUGGCCAGGAUGCCACUGUGUCCCCUGCCAGACCACCGUGGACCCUGAGGGGCAGGAGGACGGGCUGGUGGCCACGGCGUGUGGCAGGCUGGGAGGUCAGCAGCCAACUGGAGACAUGAACCUCUGCUGGAACGAGAUCAAGCGCAAGUCCCACAACAUCCGGGUGCGACUGGAGGCUUUCUCUGACAACAGUGGGAAGCUUCAGCUGUCCCUGCAGGAGAUCAUAGAAUGGCUGAUGGUGAAGGAUGAGGAGCUGUCCGAGCAGCUGCCCAUAGGUGGUGACGUGGGUUCUGUCCAACACCAGAGGGACUUCCACCAGGUCUUCAUGGAGGAUGUCAAGUCUCGGGGCCCGUUCAUCUACUCCGUGCUGGAGACAGCCCAGGCCUUCCUGGCUCAGCACCCUUUCCAGGAGCCAGAGGAGACACUACCUGAUGGCAAAGAAUUGUCUCCGAGACGACGGAUCCUGAAUGUGAGUCGCUCGGUGUGGAAGCAAGCUAAUAUAGCCAGUGACCUGUGGGAGAAGCUGACUGCCCGAUGCGUUGACCGACACAGGCACAUGGAGAGGACCCUGGAGCGUCUCCUGCAGACCCAGGCAGCCAUGGAGGAGCUGGGGGUGGCCCUGGAGCAGGCCGAGGGGGUCCGGGAUGCCUGGGAGCCUGUAGGAGAUCUCUUCAUUGACUCACUACAGGAUCACAUCGAUGCCACCAAGUUGUUUAAAGAGGAGCUGACUCAAGUGAAGGAGGGUAUGAAACACCUGAAUGACCUGGCCCACCAGCUGGCCAUCUCUGAUGUCCACUUAUCCCUGGACAACACCCGUUCCUUGGAGCACCUCAACAGCCGUUGGAAACUACUACAGGGCUCCAUCGAAGAGCGUCUGAAGCAGCUGCAGGACGCCCACAGAGACUUUGGCCCAGGAUCUCAACACUUCCUUUCCAGCUCUGUGCAGAUACCCUGGGAACGAGCCACCUCUCCAAACAAAGUACCCUACUACAUCAAUCAUCAAGCCCAGACAACGUGCUGGGACCAUCCAAAGAUGACGGAGCUCUACCAGGCAUUGGCGGAUUUGAACAACAUCAAGUUCUCCGCCUACCGGACUGCCAUGAAGCUCCGGAGGGUGCAGAAGGCUCUAAGAUUGGACCUGCUGACGCUGGUGAGCGUGGUAGAUGUGUUCAGGGAGCAGGAUCUGCAGCAUGGGGAACAUGUGAUGGACGUUGUGGAGAUGAUCCAAGCCCUGACGGGCCUCUACGAGAGACUGGAGGAGGAGAGGAGAGUGAUGGUCAUCAACAUCCCCCUCUGUGUGGACAUGUGCCUCAACUGGCUGCUUAAUGUCUACGACAGCGGUCGUAAUGGAAAGAUGCGCGUUCUCUCUUUCAAGACGGGACUGGUGAGCCUGUGCAAUGCAGAUGUUCAAGAGAAGUAUAAAUACCUGUUCAGGCAGGUUUCCGGCCCCGGGGGUCUGACCGACCAGCGCCACCUCAGCCUGUUGCUGCAUGAGGCCAUCCAGAUCCCCCGACAGCUGGGAGAGGUGGCCGCUUUCGGAGGGAGCAAUGUAGAGCCCAGUGUACGCAGCUGUUUCCGCAUGGCCCCAGGGAAGCCUGCCAUCGAGGUGUCUCACUUCCUGGACUGGAUGAGUCUGGAGCCCCAGUCGGUGGUGUGGCUGUCCGUGCUUCAGCGGGUGGCAGUGGCUGAGUCUGCCAAGCACCAGGCCAAGUGUCACGUCUGUAAACAGUGUCCCAUCAAGGGAUUCAGGUACCGCAGUCUUAAACAGUUCAACGUGGACAUCUGCCAGUCAUGCUUUCUCACGGGACGCACCACCAAGGGAAAGAAGCUCCACUACCCAAUCAUGGAGUACUAUACAGAAACCACGUCAGGAGAGAAGAUGCGGGAUUUUGCCAAGACGUUGAAGAACAAGUUCCGGUCGAAGCAAUAUUUCAGCAAGCACCCCCAGCGGGGCUAUUUGCCCGUCCAGUCGGUGCUGGAAGCAGAGAGCUCAGAGACACCCUGCUCCUCUCCUAAGCUACCCCAUGCAGACACUCACAGCAGGAUUGAGCAUUUUGCUAGCAGGUUGGCUGAGAUGGAGAACCAAAGCUGUUCUUUCUUCACUGAUAGUCUUUCACCAGAUGAGAGUCUGGAUGAAGAUCAGUACCUCCUACGUCACUCCAGCCCCGGCGCCCUGGACCAGGACUCACCCUGUGGACAGCAGAUGCUCCUGGCCCAUUUGGACUGUCAGGACCAGGACUCACCCUGUGGACAGCAGAUGCUCCUGGCUCAUUUGGACUGCCAGAACAAGGAUGAGCUGCAGAGAACACUGGCUCGUCUGGAGAAUGAGAACCGGGUGCUUCAGGGGGAGUGGCGGCGGCUGAAGUGGAAGCACGAGGAGGCUGCGGCGUCUCCCCAGCUAACGGAGGGAGGCCUGGGCUCCCCCAUGGGAGGCCAGCAAGACGAGGAGUUACUGGCCGAGGCAAGGGUCCUCCGGCAGCACAAGACACGUCUGGAGACUCGCAUGCAGAUCCUGGAGGACCACAACAAACAGCUGGAGUCCCAGCUGCAGAGGCUGCGGGAGCUCCUACUCCAGCCCAAAGAUGACUCGGAGGCCAAUGGAUCAGAACCGUCAUCCUUAUCGUCCCCAGUGUCAGGUGGAGGUCGUCACGGGGACGGACCCAGUAGAGAGACAACAGACACAGAGACAGCCGGAGAUGAAGAUCAUGAACAGGACACGGUGUUACAGCUGCAGGAGGUCAUUGAACAGCUGAGGAACGUCUUCCCUUCAGAACCUGGAACCACUUCACUCAUCUAACCCAGGAACGGGCCUGGAGUACAUAGCGAUGCCUGAUGGGAAGACUUUUUGGCCUGUGCCCAAAAUGACUGCUGUCUGAGUGCACCAAGCCCUUGAACCCUGACCCUCUCAUGGACCUCUGAGCACUAACCAUCCGUGUGGGAGUCAAAAGUUAACAGCUAACGUCCAGGCCCAGUGCCACACAUUGUGCUAACAAGCUAUGGCUAAUGUUAGCUGUGCAGCCAGACACUGUGUUAUCCAGAUAAGGUGGUUAAGAAAGCUAACAGCUUACGUUAGGAGACCACUCCAGAAAGCAACUGUGAUAGCUAGCUAAUAUGCAACGGCUAAUGCUAGCAGCCCAGCCAAGACACUGUGCCAACCGGUGUUGCGUAGUUGUUCGAAGGUGUGAAGCUUUAUAUCCAUACAGCACAAGGACCUUCUGCAAACAUAACUUUUACACAAUGCAAAAAGGAGUGAGGAUUUCCCCCCAUUUUCUUCUGUCUGGGUGCAAGUAACAGUGAGUGUACGUUCACCGGUUUUUAUGUGUGUGUGUUUGAAAAAAAAUGCCUCUGUCUAACGCGUUUAUAACGUGUUUCUUAGCGGGUGUUGGUGGGCACCGGCAUUGCCUCCAUUUGGGUCCAGCUGGCUGCUUUUCAUGUGGCUGUUGGCUGGCGACCGGGGCCGAACGCUGGAGGGCCUUGGGGGGCCCACAACACGCUCAGUGACCCUGUGGGGCCCACCGACACGCUGUCAGUACAACAACCAUUAUCAAGCGAAGACCGCCUUGUGCCCCCGAGCCCAACGCCUCAAACGUGCGCGCGUUCCCUCUCCCUCGCUCACUGUCGGCCCCCUGCUCUGUCACGUUGGGCGCACGGAUCGGGAGCAUGCACGCACGCGUCUUUAACCCAAGCCGUCUUGUAGUUCUAACCCACGCAAUCCAACUCACAGAGUGAGCUCUGUGGAGAGAGACGGGCCGGGAGUGAGCUCUGUGGAGAGAGACGGGCCGGGAGUGAACUCUGUAGGGAGAGACAGGCCGGGAGUGAGCUCUGUAGGGAGAGACGGGCCGGGAGUGAGCUCUGUAGGGAGAGACAGGCCGGGAGUGAACUCUGUAGGGAGAGACAGGCCGGGAGUGAGCUCUGUGGAGAGAGACAGGCCGGGAGUGACCUCUGUGGAGAGAGACAGGCAGGGAGUGAGCUCUGUAGAGAGAGACAGGCCGGGAGUGAGCUCUGUGGAGAGAGACAGGCCGGGAGUGAGCUCUGUAGAGAGAGACGGGCCGGGAGUGAGCUGUGUGGAGAGAGACGGGCCGGGAGUGAGCUCUGUAGAGAGAGACGGGCCGGGAGUGAGCUCUGUAGAGAGAGACGGGCUGGGAGUGAGCUCUGUAGAGAGAGACAGGCAGGAAGUGAGCUCUGUGGAGAGAGACAGGCCGGGAGUGAGCUCUGUAGAGAGAGACGGGCCGGGAGUGACCUCUGUGAAGAGAGACAAGAUUCAGAGGCUCUCUGCCUCAGGGGGGUUAGGGAGAGGUCGGGCCCACUUCACUGAGCUCUUGCUCCUCCCUCUACUCUGAGCUCUGGCUGCGUUCAAAGGGGAGGCGGGGUGAGGCAGACAUGUGCCUCCCCUUCUCCCCCUCCUAGGGUGGGUUGGGAUGAGCAGCACCACCUCCACCCUGCGUUCCAGAUCAGUCCACUGCCUCCGUCACUUGAACCCUCCCUCAGCCAUGUGAUAUUUUACCUCACAGCACUUACACCUUCAGGUCACUUUGGGAUCAAAGAGAUAGAAGCUGCUGCCAUCCAUCCAGGGGUCCCUCCCGUCAAUCUGCCUUAAACCCAGACAAAGUCCAUCACUGACCAACGUGUGUUUUCAUGCUGCUGCCUUGAACAUUAUUGAACCAGUUGGCCCUGACCUCUGUCUUUUCUUCUCUUGCUUGUGACUCAUCUAUUUGUUUAACAGAUGUUACAGUACUGGCUCACAAAAAGCCUUUUUUGUAUCACUCAGCGCUUUCACUGUCCGCUGGACGACACUGCAUGAGUCAGCUAUUAUGGGUGGAAGUGUGUGUGUCAUUCAAUGUCAGAUCCCAGGUGUGUUCAGGGUCGGUGGCGGUCUGCUGUAAAUGCAGGAGAGACCCUGUGGGUGAGGACUGCGUGGACUGCAGGGUUUCAUGUAGUUUCAGUGGCCACUCGUUAAAAAGGCCAGUGUCCAAAAGGGCUUUGGUGAGGUUGAGGGAGGACGCCGACAGUGGAAACUCCUUUAUGUGGAGGUGGAAAAGGAGGCUCAGAGGGGGUGGAGAUCUGAGAGACAAGUCAAAAAAGGAAGAAAAGAGCCCAUUUAGCGCUCCUGGGCUGAGCAAAGAGGAGGCGCUCCGCUUUGAUGUGCUUGCCAUAGCAAAUCUCCAGAAAACAGACAGACAGGAGGCGAGCGCUUCUCUGGAAAUGGGGGAAUAUGCUCUGUGUUUAUACAGCGAACCAUUUUCAAAACCAUCAAGUUAUCACACCCACAGACGCAGGGAGCCAUGAUGUGAAUAGUUUAGAUCAUUUGAGAACAUUCUGACCUUAUUGCCAAGAACAGAUUUCAGUUUGAAUCCCAUCCCAGCAUUCGUUAUACUUUAUCUCCUCAAGGCGCCAGCGUUCCCGUUGACAUCACAGAGUGCUGCCGUGGCCCUCUGUUUAUUUUGACGCCGUUGCUAGGAAACUGUCCCCAAGGACACGGCGUUGCAGGUUGCAAGCCGGUAAGGUAGGGUGGCGUACAUAAUGACAAUGCUAAUAACAUACGGGGAAGUGCCCCCGUAACAAGGCCUGUUUAAUGUUCAACCGGCAUAAACUGGCAUUAUCGUUGACAUCUGUUCCACCUUCGCUGAGUGUUGAGACGCACCUGUAUCUUUCACUGGCAUGUCAGAAUCCGGGGGAAUGAAAGCUCAAGAGGGGAAAAAAAUUAACGCAAUGCAAAUAAUGUUUCCUCUUUGGAAACCCCUUUAAUGUUAAACACAUCUCAUUACACAUUGAUGAGCCUCAUGAACACACUUGUGGCUUGAUGACUCAUGCUCUCUGUCUGUUUGAAAUAAUGCAUUUAGCUACAGGAAGAGAUUCAGUGCACCAGAAUAUACUACCCAUAAGUCCUGUAGGCUCCUGUAAAUGUGUCGUGUGUUUUGUUUUGAACGGAGAGUGUAGAUGGACUGAAUGAGUCAAUCACUGUAGCCAGUAGUUUGUCAGGCUGGCGUAAAACAUUCUUAUGGUUCACUACUACACAACAGCAUUGUAGCUCUGCACUGUGGGCCUCUCGCUCCAGCUCUCAGACGCAGGUCUUUGUAGACAUCCUCUGUUGUAGCUCUCUGAUGACUGGCCUAUCCAAAAGGCUUCUCUCGGAGCCGUGGGGAACACCAUGCUAUACAGCCACGUCUCUCUUUUAUUAGACAUCGGAGACAUCUUGGGUCCUAGAACACUGGCUCUGCCCCAGUGGGGUUCUCAGCGACGGCGUGGCACGACCACCACCCGACCGGUACCACCACCUACAGCAUGACAGGAGAGAAGCGGCGUUCUCUGGAGAUGAGGAGACUUGGCUAACGGGGCUAGGUCCCUGCGGUAGAUGGAGGGUCCUUCCCAUUUCCCUGGCGUGGUAACGAGGCGCGGAGUGGGUUGUUUGUGUUCUCUAGCAUGGCGGGGCCAUGAAUCACUUAACCUUACAGUGGGACCAGAGCUGUGACAAGAAACACCAUCUUUACAUAGAAACAACCACCGCCACUAGACCCCAGUCAUCAUUUCUAGUUCACGGUCGAACCUACAGCUCUGCUUUUAAUCAACAUUACUACGCCCCAUUACUUGUCGAUUUGUUUAUGACUCAUAUAUCAUUGUCACGUAUUUUAUUUAUUUAACUGUGUACUGACAUUCCUCCCUCCCGUUUUCCCAAUCGUUUUUUAAUCUGUAGAAAACGUUUGUGAAAGAAAGGCUUUUUAAUAAUGAGUGGGUUUCUGGCUGCUUUCUACUCUUUGUGUACAAAGAAUAAAAUUUGUAUU